AUGGAGAAACGAUCUCUCAAGGGCAAGAAGCCAGCGCCCAGGCGCAUGACCGAUUCCAGGCGUGAGCAAAACCGGAUAGCCAGUCGCAACUACCGCGAAAAGCGGAGGCAGAAGCUGGAAUUGUUAGACCAGUUCCUCGGCCCCGGUCCUGGUCUUGAAAGUUCUAGUCACAAUACUUCUGUAGAUAAAAACGACCACGAGAGCGAGCCAGUCAUAUCACAGUCGGUAAUAAAUCACAUCGACCCUGCCGUGGACGUGGAUCUCGGUAUCGAUGAGUAUGUCGUACCGGGACACAACACCAGUUUUCAGCCAACACCCUUCAUCACCGACAACUGGAGUAGUCUCUCCGUCACAACUCGUUUCACUUCGGCCGCCGUGUUUAAUGACACGUCUGGGCCCUUGACGAUGAAUAGCAAUCCAUCCCAGGCAAUACUCCGAUCACAAUCUAACCCAACGCAGACUAUCCCAGACCCUCCUCUCUCUCCGCAAGUAGACGAGUCAAUUGACAAUGAUGAAUCUCUCCGUCAAGUUUUACAAGGGGUUAACAAUCUCUCUGUAAACCAAAAACGAGUCCUCAUCCAGCUCCUUCAACAACAGACACAAGAUGCUACCACCACGUCAUCACCAUCGCCCUAUUUCGCACCAUAUCCCCAAUACCCGUUCAAUAAUAACAACUCCGCCUUCUCUCUGUCUAACAAUACCCCGCUCUCCACGAGACUGCAAACCGAGGCAUUGAAAUUCUCCCUCGCUCUUAGUUUAACUGCAACUGCGGGCCCGUGUCAAAGUCCCAGCCAAUACGCCAUGAGUGCUGGCCUCUUCAGUGCCCUCUUUGCCAACUGCUACGCCCUCGGUAUGUGCGAUGUUCAGCCUCUCCUCACCGACGAGGGCUGGAGCGUGUUUGGUCUUGGACCCGAACUCGGCUAUCACCCGUCCCAACUCUCGGUCGUCAGGGCGAAGUUCCGUAAUCUGGCACCGGACCUACAGCCUUGUGAUUUACAACUUACCUUUGCUCAUCAUCCCUACAUAGACGUUCUACCAUUCAAAUCACUGCGCAAAAAUAUUAUCAAAGCUCUGGAUCACGAACAACUAACCAUUGAUGAGGAUGAGCUCUGCCAUGACCUUCUUAGCGGGCUAGUAUGCUGGGGCUCUCAGCAGAGCACAAUCGGCAUGGGCGCUGCCGUACCUUGGGAUGUCCGCUGCUGGGAGCCUAGUGUUUGGUUCCUACACAAAUACCGCAAUUUCGUUGGAGGUUGGGACGAUGAGAUGUGGAAGGGAGCGCGAUGGUGGCAUAAUAUGCGCGGUGAGCGCAUCCAGGCUUCCCCUCAAACGGCGCCGUUGUCGUAA